GUGGAUUUUACACAUUUGCUCCAAAAAAUAAUUAAAUAAUACUAUAAAUUUGUGAGGGUGUAAGUUACUCUGUUGAAAAUACUUGAUUGAAUUAGAAUGGAUUUAAAUUCGGCAAAAAGCGAAACUCUUGAGUUGGACGAAAAUGACUUAAUAUUGGACCGUUCAUACUCCAAGAUAUUUAAGGCCACCUAUUAUACUCGAGAUGAAAUCCCUAGGGAUCACUUGCCCUAUGGUCUAAUAUCCAAUCGUCAGAAAUAUGCCAAAAACUCACCUGAAAGCAAUUCAACAGAUAAUGCGAAGGACCUAGACAUUAAAGUAUGGGCUAGGGAGAUAUAUAUAGAUGCAAUUAAAUACAUUACAGAACCAUUUCAGCCUGAUCGUGUAUUUGAAUGGUACCAUGAUUUCAUUGCCUUAACUAACUUACAAAUUGCCUUUCACAACUACUACAGUCAUGCCGACAACUUCUUUAACAAUCUUUUGACCAAAUUUAAUAACAUUUUAAGUUGGAACGUUAAUAAGGAAUUAAUCACUACUGACGAAGAACUGGAAUCGUUAUCAGUCUUUAUUGGAAAUCAGACUAGAAAUUUAAGAUCCUAUGUAUCUAAAAAUGCUCACUUGCUUAUAGAGCUGUUAAUUGACACUAUUAAUAUCGACCAGUGUAAGAUUUUGUGUUACAGAAUUGUACCUCAGUUACUGACUUCGACUGGUUCUGAGAAGUCGGUUUUCAGGGAGCCUUCCAUAAAUAAUUUGAGAUUAAUUGCGAAACGCUUUUCUACGCAUUUUGAUGACAAGAUUUUGUGGCAGUUCAUGGACCAAAUUGUUAAUUUGAACAAAAAAAUCUCCUCGACUGCUUCUAACUGUGCUUAUGAAUACUUAACACUCACUGACAGUAAGGACCUUGACGACUUGGAUUUGAGUAAGUUGCUUGACUAUUUCGAGACGGGUUUAAACUCAAAGUGUGUUGACGCCAAGAGGGGCUACAAGAGGAUACUUGCUAAGAUGUCAGACAUUCUCACUGAGAAAAAAUACACUUCAUUUCUCAAAGAGUCGUCUUUAAGGCCAAACCUAGUCAAAUUUGUCAAGGCUGAACUUCCGUCAGUUCCCAGUUAAUAUACUAUAAAACAUAUACACUAC